GGAAGAAGUAAGAAGUAAAGGAAAGGCCUGCAGGCGCAAGAGCAGACAAGACCUUUGUACGGCAUUCGACCAUUCCUGCCCUUUUUGUCUUCAGACUCGACCUCGACCUCGGGAUCACGCCUUUGCCAUGUCGUCCUCAACCACCAACACCAUGGAGAUUGAGUCGAACGAUGUCAUUCGACUCAUUCAACAAUUCUUGAAGGAAAACAACCUCCUCAACUCCCUGGCCGCGCUCCAGGAAGAGACCACGGUUGCUCUUAACACCGUCGAGAGCGUCGAGGCAUUUUCGUCCGAGAUCUUGCAGGGCCAUUGGGAUAAUGUCCUACGCAUAGUCUCUCAGCUCAAGAUCCCCGACAAGAAACUGAUGGACCUUUACGAGCAGAUUGUGAUCGAACUAGUAGAGAUGCGGGAGAUUGGUACAGCGCGCACAUUGCUUCGCCAAACGACCCCUACACAAAUGCUCCGUGAACAGUUCCCCGAUCGAUACCUACAUCUGGAGCAUGUGCUUUCUCGGUCACAUUUCGAUGCCAAAGAGGCGUAUCCAAAUGGAGUCUCCAAGGAAAAACGGAGGCAGAUCAUUGCUCAGGCACUAUCGAGUGAGGUCACUGUGGUAGCGCCGUCCAGGCUAGUGACCCUGUUGGGACAGGCACUCAAAUUUCAGGAACAGCAGGGCAUGUUACCACCGGAUUCGGCGUACGAUCUCUUCAGAGGAACGGUUCCUGUGGCCCAAGCAGAAACGGAUGAUGUCCCCACAAAGUGCUACAACACCAUCAAGUUCCCCAAGAAGCAGCAUGCGGAAUGUGUGGCAUUCUCGCCCAACGGACAAUAUCUGGUCACAGGAAGCAUGGAUGGAUUCAUUGAGAUCUGGAACUAUCUUACUGCCAAGCUGAGAAAGGACCUUAAAUACCAGGCUGAGGAUAAUUUGAUGGCAAUGGAAUCGGCAGUUUUGUGCCUAGGGUUCAGUAGGGAUAGCGAGAUGUUGGCAUCAGGAGCACAGGAUGGAAGGAUCAAAGUAUGGAAGAUUCAGACAGGUCAAUGCCUUCGACGUUACUCUCCCGCUCAUCAAGCAGGUGUCACGUCCGUCUGCUUCUCACCCGAUGGGACCCAGGUCCUUAGUGCCUCAUUCGAUCUCACCGUCCGAUUGCAUGGAUUAAAGUCGGGCAAAAUGCUCAAGGAAUUCAGAGGCCAUACGUCCUUUGUAAACCAUGCGUCAUUCUCGCUCGAUGGCACACAAGUUAUGAGCUCUAGUUCAGACGGUACUAUCAAGAUUUGGGACUAUAGGACAGCCAACUGCUUAAAAUCAUUUAGCCCACACGAUGGUACAGGCACAAUGGCAGGAGUAGCAGGGUUGACGGUCAACUCUUGUGUCCCGUUCCCGAAGCCCAAUCAGAUUCUGGUCUGCAUGAAGUCGCCUACGGCGUAUUUGCUGACGAUGGAGGGGGAGCCGAUUCGCAAGUUCACAUCGCCCGACAGCCAAACAGAAGGGGCGACGAAGGACUUGACCGCCGCUGCAGCAGAAAGAGCAGCAGGAGGGGAAAAUGCCAAGAAGGAGGGACUAGGCGUACCAAUGACGGACUUUAUGGCCCUUAGUUUAUCGCCCCAGUCAGAGAUUGUGUAUUGUUUGGCAGAGAACAGCCAGGUGCAUUGCUAUUACUCGGACUCGGGGAAGCUGAUUAAAUCGAUCCCUGUGGCGGAAGGAGAGGUCAUUGGCAUGGCAUCACAUCCGUUCUCGAAUGUCCUCGCUAUCAACACCGUUGAUGGACGCGUUCUUUUGUGGAAGGCAUAGAUGUCUUAACAAAGUCCGAUAAUGAUUUUCUGCAGAGAUACGCGUUCAUGGCGUCCUGGGUUUGUUUGUUUGGCUGUUGAUGUCAAGCUCCCCGGCUCGGUUCGUCGAGCUGCAGGAUAAGGCUAUCCACAGCAUUGAAGAACCGCAAGCAUUCGUCGUUCUUUCUUGGUCUGAAGGAUGAAUAAAAAAAAUCAUCCCACUUUAUUUUUUUUCCCCUUUGCUUCUUUCCUUUCCUUCGCUUUUAUGCAGAGGAGACACUGCUAGUCUUUUUUUUUUAUGCGAAUGCUCG